AUGCCCGAGGAACAACAGCCUCAGGUCCCUCGUCUGCCUGGCCCGGCCUUCGAUAAGAUCGAGAAUUUCAACUUCUUGCUCUCGCGCCACGAUCCCGCGGCCAAGACUCGGCACUAUUCCUUUGACGCGGACACCGGGCUGGUCCCGUUCGCCAACGUCAAUAUGGAUUACGACCAGACUGAGGGCAUGGGCGGGCUUUCCGUCAGCUCGUACGAUAGUGUAGAGGACGAGCGCACUUCGCUCGAUCUCCGCGGAUAUCCUUAUCAUGGCGCCACGGGAGACAAGUCCAUCAACUACUCUAUCCCCGAUCAUAUGAUGCCGUACUCGGCUCACUCGAUCUACCCGCCCGUGCCGUUCGCGCCGGAUGAGCUGGGCCAUGCCACGGGGGCUCUGACGCCCUCGGAUGUGUCGUCGUCCAUCUCGCCGCCGAACGGCCAGAUGAACCAUGCCAAGUACUCCACGUCCAUCCCCGGUGACCGUAUCGCCGCCGCCCUCAACCAGGAGGAGCAUGGCCGCGUCGCCGCUGAGGAAGAUCGUCGUCGCCGCAACACCGCCGCGUCCGCCCGCUUCCGCAUGAAGAAGAAGCAGCGCGAGCAGGUUCUCGAGCGCACCGUCCGUGAGACUACAGAGAAGAACGCUUCCCUGGAGGCUCGCGUGGCCCAGCUCGAGAUGGAGAAUCGGUGGCUGAAGAAUCUCCUGACCGAAAAACAUGAGGCUACUUCCACCCGCACCAUGCCUCCCCCUCCUAGUGAUGGCACUGCCCUGAAGCAGAAGAACUCGAGUUCCAGUGGCUCCAGCGGUUCCGGUCAAAAACACAUCCAGCCUAAAAAGAAGGGCGUCGGCACUGAUGAGUGA